CUUCCCUCUCCUCGGGAACUCCAACCGCGCAGCCCCCUUCCGACCGCUCCCCGUCUCCUCAUGUUUACCCGCCAUGUACUAGCAUGCACUCCUAUAGUCUACUAGUACUAAUCCGCGUUCUGCUGCACAGCACACGCACAUUGAUCAACCACCGCGCAACUCUGAGAGAGCGAGCAUGGCGCACUCCGCCCGCCGCCUACGCCCCAAGUUCGCCGCGCCGUCCCUCUCUUGGAGCUGCCUCCACAAGCUGCGCGUCCCGGCCGAGUUCGCGGCGGGGCUGGAUCCCGGCGCCGGGGUUCAGGGGGAGGAAGACGGCGCGGAGCAGCGGGAGGUGCUGGUGGUGGGCCCGCUCGGGAAGGUCUGGCGCGUGGAGCUCCUCUGCCAGCAGCAGGACGGCGGCGGCGGCGGCGGGGUGUGGUGGUUGGGCGGCGGAUGGGCGGAGCUCGCGGCGGCGCACGGCGUCGGCGAGGGCUGGUCCGUGGUGCUCCGGCGGGAGCGGCGUGGGGUGGCCACCGUGGCCGCGUUCGACCCGGCUUGCUGCCUCGCGCGCCUCUGCACUCCUCGCCCAGGUGUAAUGUUCAAGAAUAGGCCUCGGUUCAUCAAGUUGCUUCAACCAGAUGACCUAGAGAAGAUGAGAGUCCCUGAUAAGUUUGUGCAGGAGCACUUGACUGAAACUGAAAGUUGCCCAAGCAGCCAAACCGCUAUCAUCCUUAGCCCUCUCAGUAAGUUCUGGCGAGUCGAGCUAGAGCGAGGGCAAUCCGAUGUUCUAUUCAAAGGUGGUUGGGCACGGUUUCUGAUGGCGCAUGAUCUCUCCCAAGGGAACAUCCUGGUCUUCCGGUAUGAAGGUAAUAUGGUGUUUUCGGUUGAGGUGUUCCUGCAGAAUGGGUGUCUGAAGGAGUACACUAGAGCAGGUGCUCUGAUCCUAACUGAUGAUCCAAAUGGCCCAAGAACUGGAACCCCACAAAGUGGCAAUGAACUCGUAGUUGCAACUGCCAGCAAGAAAAGGAAGUACACGAAACGAGUUGUUUCCCCAAAUUCUGCAAACAAGGUUGGGUCACAGUGCAAACUAGCCAACACUUUACGAAAGCCCUCAUUCAAGAAGCAGAUAAAUCGCUAUUCUCUUAAAAGCUUUUUGGCUGUGAAAAGGACCUUUUGCUCAUCAAUUGGCCUUGUAAGUGCCUGUACAAUCAAGCUUCAAACAUCCAUGGAUAGCACAAGAUCUUGGUCGGUACCUUUCAACACCGCCAACACCUACGGCUACAUUACCGGACCAAGGUGGAAAAGGUUUUGCCGUGACAACAAGCUUAAAGAAGGCGACCUCUGCACCUUCAACAUCGUCAAAACCACGGUCUGGCAUGUUGUGAUCAACUGAUCAUAUGCUCUGAUGCAUGGCUAGUACAAGCAAAAUACUAUUUCCAGUAAGCUUGGUAGUGUCAGUACUUGGUAAGUGAUUUGUCAUGUGAAUAGUUGGUACUUGGGUAAAUCCAGUAGACAGGUUAAUCUGUGUUUUGGGUCACUGUGACAUCAUCACUGAUUGUUGAAUGUUAGUAGUUUAAUUAGUCUUACUCCAUUCGGUCCAUAAUAAGUGUCUCAGAUUUAGUACAGCUUUGUACCAAGUUAGUACAAAAUCUGAGACACUUAUUAUGGAUCGGAGGGAGUAUGUAUUGAGGUACUGGACAAGUUCAUCUAUGUUUUGGUCACUGAAACAUCAGUGUUUGUUGAAUGCUGUUA